AUGCCGCGUUCUAAAAAAGUUUCUAAAAAGAUGACAGACGAAGAUGAUAAUUUGUCUGACAGCGACUUUGGUGAAGAUGAAGACCCUGAUAAAAUCGAAGUUCCUGGUGGGGGCAAAGAUUUGGCAGCAGCUGCUUCAAUCAUGGAAACAAGGGAGAAUAAACUCAAGCAAGAAGGAAAAGUUAAGCAAGAAACAGAUUUCAAACCUGAUCCUAGGAUGAGACAAAUGCAGAUGGGGAUGGGCAGCUAUAAUCCUAAAAUGGGGGCCCAAAUGCAUCCCAGUACCUUUGAUAUGAUGCAAAGUCCACCUGCUAUGGGUUCCCCGUACGGCAUGGGCAGCAUGGCCGCAAUGGCGAGCAUGCUCAGCAGCCUGGGGGGGCCCAUGAACUCGAUGUUCUCGGCGGCGCCGCAGUCGGCAGCUGGGGCUGCGGCCGGUUUUAACGCCGCGCAGUUUCUGCAGCAGAUGGAAAUGGCCGCGUACAGCCCCUACAUGGAGAACUUCAAGAACCAAGUGGCCCUCGCCACCUGGCUGUACGGCUCGCAAGGCCCCAUGCCGCAAUGGGGCGGACCGCUCAGCAACAAGGCCGUCCAAUCGCUGUGGAUGAACCAGAUGGACAACAAGCAGCUGCAGCACCAAGAAGAGGAGGAGGUCGACGACGAGGAGAUGGGCGUGGCCGAAACGUACGCCGACUACAUGCCGGCCAAGCUGAAGCUGGGCAAGAAGCAUCCCGAUCCGGUGGUGGAGACCGCGUCGCUGUCGUCUGUCACUCCUGCGGAUGUGUGGUACAAGAUGUCGAUACCGGAGGAGACGAUUAGGGGCGGGCAUUUGUCCGCUUUGCAGCUGGAGAGCAUCACUUAUGCGUCGCAGGCGCACGAGCAUAUGUUGCCGGACGGAUCGAGGGCUGGAUUUUUAAUAGGCGAUGGCGCUGGAGUCGGCAAAGGUCGUACCAUCGCCGGCAUAAUCUACGAGAACUAUCUGAAGGGCAGGAAGCGGGCCAUAUGGGUGUCGGUGUCCAACGACUUGAAGUACGACGCCGAACGCGAUCUGAAAGACAUCGGCGCCGGCAAGAUCGACGUCCACCCUCUGAACAAGCUGAAGUACGCCAAAAUCUCGUCGGCAGUCAACAAUAACAUCAAGAAGGGUGUGAUAUUCAGCACGUAUUCGGCGCUGAUCGGGGAAAGCAAUUCGGCAGGAGGCAAAUACAAAUCUAGGCUGAAGCAGUUGUUGCACUGGUGCGGACCUGACUUUGACGGGCUCAUCAUUUUCGAUGAGUGUCACAGGGCGAAGAAUUUGUGUCCUGUUGGUUCGUCGAAACCAACUAAAACCGGUUUGACCGUCUUGGAGAUACAAAACAAGCUGCCGAAAGCGAGAGUGGUGUACGCGUCUGCGACGGGGGCUUCGGAGCCGCGCAACAUGGCGUACAUGGUGCGGUUGGGGCUGUGGGGCGAGGGCACGCCCUUCCGGGAGUUCGCCGAUUUCAUAUCGGCCGUGGAGAAGAGGGGCGUGGGCGCGAUGGAAAUUGUCGCUAUGGACAUGAAGUUGAGAGGAAUGUAUAUAGCGCGGCAGCUCAGCUUCCACGGCGUCGCCUUCAAGAUCGAAGAGGUGCCAUUGUCGAAGGAGUUCGAAAAGGUGUACGACGCCAGCGUGAAGCUGUGGGUGGAGGCGAUGCAAAAGUUCCACGAGGCCGCCGAGCUGGUCGACGCCGAGAACCGCAUGCGCAAGACCAUGUGGGGCCAGUUCUGGUCGGCGCACCAGCGCUUCUUCAAGUACUUGUGCAUAGCGGCGAAGGUACCGCAUGCGGUCGCCGUGGCACACGAGGCUAUCAAGAUGGGCAAAUGCGUGGUGAUAGGGCUGCAAAGUACCGGCGAGGCUAGGACAUUGGAGCAGCUCGAGAGGGACGAUGGCGAAUUGACUGAUUUCGUUUCGACUGCCAAAGGAGUAUUCCAGACUUUGGUGGAGAAACAUUUCCCCGCUCCCGACCGAAGUAGAAUUCACAGAUUGCUGGGUCUGGAUCCGCCGUCGAACUCUAAGAAAACCACGAACGGCAAUGAAGAUGCUAACAGUUCCGGAAAACGAAAGCCAAUGCGUCAAGCUGCCGCUAGGGCGGUGAAGCGAAACAAAUGGUCGACCUCCGAUACGGACGACUCGAUGAAGAGCGACGGCUCGAACUACGAAAUGUCCGACAACGAGAGUGUGAUAUCGGAGGAGCGUUCCGAUUCGAACGCCAGCAGCGACUUCAAUCCCUUCAAUUCGGGCAGCGACUCGGACGAUUGCCCUUGGAGCAGAAAGAAGAAGGGCAAGAAGCAGAAGAAGACGCCGAAGAAGAAGGUGUCGACGCAGGACAAGCUGUCGCUGUUGCUCAGUAGGAAAACGAAUAGUAAAGCCAAAACCAAUGGAACUGGUAUUAAAGCAUCCGCACCCCCGAUGGAUGCCAUCGAACGUGCUUGCAGUAUGAAAGAAGAACUUCUUGUAGCAAUAGAAAAAUUAGGAGAUAAAUUACCACCGAACACAUUGGAUCAGUUGAUCGAUGAACUAGGUGGCCCUGAGAAUGUCGCUGAAAUGACAGGCAGGAAGGGCCGCGUCGUGUCGACCGAAGACGGCGGUAUCCAGUACGAGAGUCGCUCCGAGUCGGACGUGCCGCUCGAGACGCUCAACCUGACCGAGAAGCAGCGCUUCAUGGACGGCGAGAAGGACGUCGCCAUCAUCUCGGAGGCGGCGUCGAGCGGUAUAUCGUUGCAGAGCGACAGAAGGGUGAAGAAUCAGAGGAGGCGGGUGCACAUCACGCUCGAGCUGCCGUGGUCGGCCGACAGGGCGGUGCAGCAGUUCGGUAGGACGCACAGGAGUAAUCAGGUGAACGCGCCCGAGUACAUCUUCCUCAUCUCGGACCUGGCCGGCGAGCGUCGGUUCGCCUCCAUCGUGGCCAAGCGAUUGGAAAGCCUGGGCGCGCUGACGCACGGCGACCGACGCGCCACCGAGACCAGGGACCUCAGCCAGUUCAACAUCGACAACAAGUAUGGCCGGUCGGCGCUGGAGGCCACGAUGAAGGCCAUCAUGGGGUACGAGCGGCCGGUGGUGGCGCCGCCCAGCGACUACAAGGGCGACUUUUUCAAGGACGUCGCUGCCGCCCUGGUCGGCGUCGGGCUGAUCGUCAACAGCGAGAGCAUGCCGGGCGUGCUGUCGCUCGACAAGGACUACAACAACAUGUCAAAGUUCCUCAAUCGCAUACUCGGCAUGCCGGUCGAGCUGCAGAACAGGCUGUUCAGGUAUUUCACAGAUACAUUAGCAGCAACCAUCACGUCAGCUAAAAGGUCGGGAAGAUUCGAUUUGGGUAUUCUCGAUCUCGGCGCUGGCGGCGAGGUGGUGAAACGCGUACGCACGGUGACGUUCCUAAGGAAGCACGCGACUGGCACCGCCCCCACCGAGCUGCACACGGUGCACGUCGAACGGGGCAUGUCGUGGCCGGAGGCCUUGGAGAAGUUCUCCGAUCUGGUGGGCGAGCACGAGGGCUUCUGGCUGUCGCACCAGGUGAGAAAUACCAAACACACGGCUAUUCUCGCAAUCGCCGUCGAUACUGGCGGCGGCGGAGGCGGUGGUGGGGGUGGAGGAACGAAGGGGAAGAAGGAGAGCAAGAAAGAUAUGAUGUUUUCCGUCUACAGGCCGAAUACCGGUCUUCAGUUCCGGCAGGAGAGUCUCGCCGAGUUGGAGAAGAAAUAUAAGAAGAUCGAGUCUUCGGAGGCGGAGGACUCGUGGAGCAAGCAAUACGACUCGUCGGUGAACACGUGCUCGCACGCCUAUUGGCGCGGCAAUUGCCGCAACGUGUCGGUGGGGCACGAUUGCGAGGUGGGACUGCGCCGGCGCACCUACAACGUCGUCUCCGGCAGCGUUCUGUCGGUGUGGAGUCGCGUAGAGGGCGUGCUGGCUGCCAAAGUGGGGUCGCAGAACAAGAUGCAGGUCAUCCGGCUGAGGACGAAGGACGAUCUGAAGAUAGUCGGAACACUCAUUCCAAAAAAUUGUGUAGAAGAUUUAAUAGAAGCACUCAAAUCAGAUGCAGAAAAAACUGAAGAAAAGUUGUUCGACGCUUAG